CGGCGCACCAAAGCAAGUGGGAGAUGAGAAGUGGCGGCACACAACGAGCUGCAACUUUACUUCUGUCGACCAGCCGAACCCUGCAUGUGUCGGGCCAACGUUUUCAAGGCUUAAUCGAGCAUUGCGGACGAUGGCCACCCCAAGUAAGACCCCCCCCGGCGCCGACCCCAAGCAGCUGGAGCGAACCGGGACGGUCCGGGAGAUCGGAUCCCAGGCAGUGUGGUCCCUGUCCUCCUGUAAACCUGGUUUUGGAGUGGACCAGCUGAGGGAUGACAACCUGGAGACGUACUGGCAGUCCGACGGGUCCCAGCCUCACCUGGUCAACAUCCAGUUCAGGAGGAGGACGACGGUGAAGAUGUUGUGUAUCUACGCUGAUUAUAAAUCUGAUGAGAGUUACACACCCAGUAAGAUUUCUGUACGAGUGGGAAACAACUUCCACAACCUGCAGGAGAUCAGGCAGUUGGAGAUGGUGGAGCCCAGUGGGUGGAUUCACAUCUCUCUGUUGAAUCAGCGGACCAACGAGCCCAUCAGCACCUUCAUGAUCCAGAUCGCGGUUUUGGCGAACCACCAGAACGGCAGAGACACACACAUGAGACAGAUCAAAGUCUACACACCUGUGGAGGAGAGCUCCAUCGGAAAGUUCCCACGAUGCACCACGGUGGACUUUAUGAUGUACCGCACCAUCAGGUGAUCUGCAGCCAAAACAGACUGUGGGCAAAGAAACAAAUGAAAACAAG